AUGGCGGCGCGCGUGUUGCGGGGCCUUUGCCGGGCGAGGCCGGCGCUGCUCCCCGCCCGGACCCCCCGAGGCAUCCUACACCGAGCCGCCGCCGGCGCCGCCCCCAGCUCCGAGUUCCGGAGCGAAUACGCCCUGGACAGGCUCUAUCUGGAGCAGAAGAGAAGCGACGCCGCGGAGGGGACCCAAGAUGGGACAAAACAAACCUCUCCUGAUAUUCCUAUGGAUUGUCUGUCCAUAUCCUAUUGCCGGAGCAGUGGACCCGGAGGCCAGAAUGUUAAUAAAGUGAAUAGUAAGGCAGAAGUUAGAUUCCAUUUGGCAUCAGCUGAUUGGAUUGCAGAAGAUGUGAGGCAGAAAAUAGCAGUGAUGCACAAGAAUAAAAUAAAUAAAUCUGGCGAGCUGAUCAUAAACUCUGAAGUGAGUCGCUACCAAAUGAAGAAUCUGGCAGACUGCUUGCAAAAAAUCAGAAACAUGAUUAAGGAGGCCACUCAGAAAUCCAGUGUGGUAUCCAAGGAGAAUUCCCAGCUCUUCAUAGCCAGGGUGCAAAAAAUGAAUCGUGAACGACUGCGACAGAAAAAAAUUCAUUCGACUAUAAAACAAAGCAGGAGGGUAGACUUUGAUUGAAGACAACAACAAAAUUGCCUGGAUAUGGUAUUUUUAAACACAUUGGCCUGGAAACUGAAGAGGAUACUCAAAUUAUAAACUGUCUUUAAAAAAGUCUUUGCUUAAAACAUGUAAAAAUAAAAUGUAAUUUAACAUCUGCUUUCUUGUAUUUAGUAAAGUGGGUUUUCACUAAC